AUGGUGGUUAUCAAGGCUCUUCCUGGAGAAGCAUGCCGAGUUACCUUUCAUCUUCCACAUCGCAUCGACGUCAAACCUGGCAGCCACGUCUAUGCAUUCUUUCCGACCAUAGCUUGGUGGAUGUCGCAUCCUUUUUCUGUUGCAUGGGCUGAUCCUAGCACCUGCGUCACGGCCCCCAGUCACCCAACAGCGGCGUGGAACGAGGCAUACAACCCGUACGAGAGAAAAAAUCUGUCCGACAGCCUCGGUCUAUCAGAUCUCGAAAAGCAAGACUACAUGAUCAACGAACUCCGUCAGGGCAACAAACGAAGGACAUCUUUAUCGCUCGUCAUCGCCGCACGAACCGGCAUGACCCGCAAACUCUACAACAAAGCCCUUGCGUGCCCCAACAGCACUUUGCGCACCUACGGCUUCAUCGAAGGACCCUACAACUCCCACACCUGUCCCAUGGGUAGCUACGGAACCGUGAUUCUAUUUUCCGGCGGCGCAGGAAUUACGCACCACAUGCUACACGUCCGCGACCUGCUUCUGCGCGCCGAAGAAGGCUGUGUAGCCACCCAACGCAUCUAUCUAAUCUGGUCCAUCCGAUCCACCGAAGCCCUAAACUGGGUCCGGGAAUGGAUGGAUGCAAUCUUGCAACUACCCAAUCGCAGACAAUUACUCGUCAUCAAACUCUUCAUCUCCAAACCGAAAACGCAACACGAGAUCAAGUCACCCAGUGAGACAGUGCAAAUGUUUCCUGGACGCUGUAGGCCGAGCGUCGUUCUUGAGGAGGCGCUUCUGCGGAGAGUAGGCGCUACGGUUGUAUCUGUCUGUGGACCCGGCGCGUUCACGGAUGAAGUCCGGGCUGCGACGAGGGAGUGUAUGGGGCAAGGGAUGAGUUUGGAUUUUGUCGAGGAGUCUUUUACUUGGUGA